AUGAAUGCGGACCCUGACUCAUUUAGCAGCUUCAAGGUCGCGCCCGGCUACGACAGGCUUCAGAUGCCGCACGGCCUGCAGGUGCUGGUGGUCGAAAACCCGCUGUACCUUCCGCACGCCAUCAAGCGCCUGCGCGCGAGCAUGGAGGACCCCGUGAUCGCCAUCGACCUCGAGUGGCGCCCCCAGUUUGGCACCAAGUUCACGCCCGUGGCCAUGGUGCAGCUCGCGACGUCGCGCGUCGCGCUGCUCGUCCGCACCUGCCGCAUGCAGUACAGGCUCGCGGCGGAGCUGGUCGCGCUCCUGACAGACCCGACGGUCACGAUCCUCGGGUUCAGCUGGGCGUCCGCCGACGAGGCGAAGAUGCAGAGGACGUUUGGCCUGGGCGCCGGCGCGAUCCCCGGCUUCCUGGACCUGCAGCUCGUGGCGCACGGCCUGGGCUGGAACGGCUACGGGCUCGCGCGGCUCACAAACGCGGUGCUGGGGUCGCCGCUGCCCAAGUCGAAGCGGGUGUCCAUGUCCAACUGGGAGUCGCGGACGCUGACGCGCCAGCAGGUGAAAUAUGCCGCCUUGGACGUGCUCAUCGCCGGCCAAGUCUUCCGCGGCCUGCGCCUCUGGCACCGCUCCCCCUCGCCCUGCGCCACGUGCUUCCAGCCGCUCGGCGUCGUGCAGCCGCCGCUCAAGCUGGUGUGCAGCACGCCCGGUUGCGGCCGCGAGUUUGGCGACGACCUGCUGUCUUACGCGUCGCACUGCCGCCAGCUGCGGCAUCAGCCAGACGUCCAAGAGUGCGCGGCGUGCGGCUGCCUGCGGCACGUGGCGGUGGCUGAAGCCGGUGUGCAGCCCUUGGCAGCAGAGCCGCCGCUGGCGCAGGCGGUGCGCGCGUCGGACGCCGCUGCACCGCCGGCAGCGCCGCAGCAGCAGAGGGCCGACGGCGGCGAGACGGGCGCAGGUUGCAGCAUUGGGGACGACAGCAGCAGCGGCGGCAGCAGCGACAGCGGGGGGGCUGUUGAACAGGCUAGUGCCUCGGAGAGCGCAGGGCGUGACGAGCAGGAACUCAAGCAGCACCAGGAGCAUAAGCAGCGGCAGAAGGAGGGGGGUUGGGGGAAUGUGGUGGUGGCGACCUUGCACGGUGUGCGGGCUACAGCAGAGGAGUCGGCAACGGUCGCCGUGCGUGCGUUGGCCAGCAUCGGCCCCAGCACAUGGAGUGCCGCGGGCCAUGUGCAGGGACAGUCGAAGCAGCAGCACACGGUGCGUCCAGAGCAGGUGGCGGUUGGUGGCGUCAAUUCACAGGAGCAGCAGAAGAAGGGACGGCCGCGGAAGAGGAAGCGGCCGGCGUCAGACGAGUGA